AGAAGUAAUAAGAUAAAUUUAUUAGGAGCAAGCCAUGUAUCCUGACAGAUAUUAACUGUAUAGGUACCUCUUAUGGGGAUUUCUAUUCCUUCCUAAGGAGUCUAAACAGUAAUGCACUGAUCACCGCUGGCAUCAUUAUAGCCGGUAUUAUUAAGUGGAGGAAGGGGGAGGGGGGUGAUGGUGGUGGCGGUGCACAAAAAUCAAUACAGGAUACCUUUUGCAGCGGUAGUGAAAACGAGAGAGAGAGAGGUGGAAAAGGAGGGGUGGUGGUGAGGUGCUCAGGCGGGUGUGGGAGGCAGGAGGAGGGAGGGAUUGAAGGAAGGAGGGAGGUGCGGGGAUUGGGGGUGGUGAUGUGUGAGUAGUAGCGGCUCCUCUCUCGCCUCAAUGUUGCGGCCAGCCUGGUGGCAGAUCGCUACAAUCCUGGAGGGGAGCCGGGUCGAGUGAGCUAUCUGGGGGUUCCCAAAUUAUAACGGGAGGGGGACAAAAAGAAACAGAGAGGCAAAAAUCAAAAAAGAGAGAAAGAAAAAAAAAAAAAAAACAAAGACACACAGACGGAUGGACGGAGAUAUAGCUGUCUGCCAGAGAAGACUCAGAAACAUCAGAGGAGGACAGAGCUUGUCACCCAGCCUGUGUCAGAUUAUUUGCAUCCAAACGAGAAGCAGGAGGAAGAAGAUCAUGUUUGUUCCCUUGCCGGUGCCGUUCGUCUUUCAGAGAACUGCCCCUGACCUCAGCGCCUGGCGUCUCAAGUCCCCUCUGGCUCUCCGCUCCAACUCCGAUAUCAGGAUGUCAAAGUCAGCAGAGAUUGAGAAAGUCGGGGCUGACUCACCGUUAGAAGGCACAGAGUCAGAGCGGAAUGGACCUGAAUCAAAUCACCAGGUUCAGGCAAUGAAAUUCAGCCCCUUUCCUCUGUCACCAAACCUGAACAGCAACAAGAUGGAUGAGUGUCCAGAAAUGUCUCCAGGCCUUCCUCAUUCCCACGGCCCAACUCCUUCACAGACAGCCCUGCAACACACUCAGCUCAUGUUGACUGGCUCUCAGCUAGCAGGGCUGACAGCUUUAUUGCCUGCGCAGCAACAGCUGCUUCUGCAGCAGGCUCAGGCACAGCUCCUGGCUGCCGCCAUGCAGCAGUCUAAUGCAGCCCAUGCUGCUCACGCUGCCCAUGCCGCCGCUCAAGCCAAUCAUCAAGCUCAGGCAGCUGCAGCAGCAAAUCAGCAAGCCCAGCAGCAGCAACACACAGGACAGACAGGGCAACAGGCCCAUUCCCAGGGACAGGGACAGAGCACACAGGAGCAAAACACUCAAAGUGUCCCUGUCCCACCUCCUCCACCUCAGCUCACGCUCUCCCAGCCUAUCCAGCUCACAGCCCAGGACAUCCAGCAGCUGCUGCAGCUUCAGCAGCUGGUGUUGGUGCCUGGUCACCCACUUCCGUCUCCAGCCCAGUUUCUUCUCCCACAGGCACAGCAGGGCCAGCAAGGACUCCUGUCAGCACCAAAUCUUAUUCCGCUACCUCAGCAAAACCAAGGGAGCCUCCUGUCUGCUCAAACUAGAAUGGGACUCCAGACACAGGUGCAGCGAGAUAAGAGCGCAGAUGUGGGCGGUGCAGGAGGCAUGACCACGGUUCCCUCAGUGACCUCUCACCCUGAGGAGCCCAGCGACCUGGAGGAGUUGGAACAGUUUGCCCGCACCUUCAAACAGAGACGCAUCAAGCUGGGUUUCACACAGGGAGAUGUCGGCCUGGCCAUGGGGAAGCUGUACGGGAAUGACUUCAGCCAGACCACCAUCUCACGGUUUGAGGCUCUCAACCUGAGCUUUAAGAACAUGUGCAAGCUGAAGCCACUGCUAGAAAAGUGGCUCAAUGAUGCAGAGACCAUGUCCAUAGACAGCACCCUGCCCAGUCCAAGCUCCCUGUCCUCUCCGUCUCUGGGCUUCGAGGGGGUUCCCGGUCGCAGGAGAAAGAAGAGAACCAGCAUUGAGACAAAUGUACGUGUGGCCCUGGAGCGUGCAUUCCUGACGAACCAGAAGCCUACCUCAGAGGAGAUCCUGCUGAUCGCGGAGCAGCUUAACAUGGAGAAGGAGGUGAUCCGGGUCUGGUUCUGCAACCGUCGGCAGAAAGAGAAGCGCAUCAACCCCAGCAGUUCCACCCCUCCGCUGCCCAGCCAGCCCCCAACUGCCCCACAAACGCACAAACCGCCCUGCUACAGCCCUCACAUGAUGUCCAGCCAGCUGUCCCAGGCCGUGACCAGUCUCAGCAGCACAACGGUGACCACCAUGUCCUCCAUUUGCCCCCUGACCGCAAGCCUCACCUCCACUCACCCCUCUCUCACCUCAACCCACCCCUCUCUGAGCUCCACACCCUCUCCGGCGACUCCUCCACCUCCUCCCCGCAGCACAGCCAGCCCUGCCACUCCCAGCCACAGCACACUCAACCUAAACACAGGCUUGUGGCGUAUGGGUAAAAAGAACGGUGAAAUGUCCAACUACAUCACUGAUUUUGCUGCAAACUUGAGGAACACUGUGAUGGGAAUUAACACGGGGAUGAACCAAGGCCUCCUCGGUAACAAUCCCCUGGCCACUAUCCAAGCCCUAGCAGCCAGUGGUGGUCAGCUGCCUCUUUCCACUCUUGAGGGCGGCAGCAAGGUGAUGCUGGGGACCUCCAGGAGCCAAGGAGGUGGACUUCCCUCCUCCAUCUUCCUUAACCACCCCACCCUUCUCCACAUGGGCCAGAACCCCAGCGCUGGACUGGUCAGCGCCGCUGUAGCCAAAGUCUCCCAGCCCUCGCCCUUCCCCUCGGCCAACAGCAUCAGCCUCACGCCCUGCUCCCCCUCUCCCUGCUCCAGCCCUGCCUCCUACUGCUCCUCCACCGAAAUGGCACACAGUCCGUCUUCCCUGGGGGGGCCCAAGAUCGAGUGACCUUACCCUGGGGUCAAUCAGAGAGGAGCAGAAAGGAAUAAACAAGAACCUCGCCUUUCACACCAAAGUUAUCUUUUCUCUCUCUCUUGUGCUCUUCUUCCGUUUUUUUGUUUUUUUUCCCAAUAUCUCUCCGUCUUUCUCUCCAAGUCUUUCGAUGCCAAAAAUACACAGAAUGAAAGAGGAGAGAAGGAGGGAAAGAUGUAAGAGAAGGGAAAAGGAGGAGAAAGAUUGAAACCAAAAAUCUUUAUGUAUCCAAACGGAUGAAACGGAGACAGCAAUGGACAUUUUUCUCUAAAACGCGCGAUGUGGCACAUCUCUCUGAAGGAAAACAAACCAAUAACUCUGCAACAAAGAGGUGGAAGAGACAGCACAUCCAAGUGCAUAAACCAAAAAUGACAAAAAGACAACUUUGACUAAAUGACAAAAAGGAAUGGCAGCACGGACAAAGAAACAAAGAGGAGAACUAUCCUUUUUUAUGUCAUUUUCCAAAAAGCUGCAGGUUUAAAAGAAGAGGAGAUGGGAGGAGGAUACGUUUAAACCAAAAAUUUUACCCGAGGAGAAGGUGGAGGAAUACACAAUGAGACAAAAAAACAAAACAAAACAAAAAAAAAAAAACAACAACCAAACCAAAAUCACACAUACCAAAAAUACGGAGAGAAAAGCUUUAUUCAAAGGACGUGUAAAUACUGAAGCUAUCCAGGACCAGGACUCUACUGCUACUGCAACAAGCAAAUGAAACAUGAAGAACCAGCCCAUCGUGUCAUUGACCCAUUCUGUCUGUCAUCUCAUGUGUCUCUCACUGAUUUUAUUUUAAUAACUUUGUAAAUGUGUGUUACUUUUUUUGCAUCAUGUGUAUGAGCGUCUUCUACAAGAGCGUAAGACUGCAUUCAUUUCUCUCAAGUCCAACUUUUUAAACAAAGUAAUUUUUUAAGAAGUAUAGUUUAACAUUAGGUGUUUUUUUUACUAUUUAUUAGUGCUGUUACACAUUUCAGCUCCUAUUUAUUGUUGUGUGCUAUUGUAGUUGUAGCUCUUGUCAUGAACAUUGCCAUCAUCUGUCUUUGUCAUUAUCAUUGCCAUGUUUUUUGUUUGUAACGCGACUCGCCCUGCAGCAGGACAGAUGGCGAAAGUGAUCCAGUCCUCACCAAGUGCCGCUAGCUCGCAGAUCAAGAUUAACUUCGCUGUAAUGUCCAGGUGUGAAUUCGUUCAUUAGGAACAGGUUGGUUUUUUUAAGUGCUUAUGUAGACUGCCUGCCCCUCACUCCUAAAGUGUUGAACAAUGUUUUUCUUAGUAAAAAAAAAAAAACUCAAAUAAUCCUCUCAAGCAAAGAAAUCUUAAGAAAUUAGUCCACAAAUUUAUAUGUGAAAAAAGUGAAGUGACACAAGGAAUAAUUAUUGAACAUAGUUGCUAAAAUACUGAGCUUCAAGACAAAUUCAAUGCUCACAUGUGAUUUUAGCCAAUUCUUUUACAUAACCUGUCUUCAGAUCUUAGAGGUCCUGGGAGCUUGUUCUCUGAUCUGGAUGUUUUAUUUGAUUCAAGUCGGGCUGAUACCGGAUCCAAGAAUGAAGUCAGUAUGACGCUGCCUCUCACCUUAAACACUCGGUGCCGCUCAGAGUAAUAAUGGUUAUGAUUUUUUAUUGAUAAUCUAAUAGAGGCCAUUGUGUUUGAGUGUAAAAACUGAACCUGCUAAUUCCAGGUCUUUCUGAAGCCCUUUAAGUGCUCCUCGGUGGCGCCCCCAGAUAUUUUCACAGGGGGGCCACAUGGGGCCAUUAAAAAACUCGGGGUAGCACACCAAAAUCAAAUCCAAUGGCUGACAUUGAAGAAAUGCUGUGGUGUUGUACUAUUACUAUAUAAUAGGAACAACAACGUUUCACAGCCUACACAUAGAAGCCAUUGACAUCAGAAAAAUCACAAAGGAGAGUCUGAUUGGUGCAGAUAUUUAUUUCUCCUGGAUAAUCCUGGAUAAUCUCCAGAAAACCUUCCAGCACCGUGAAUACUAAAUAAACAAAUGGAUCCUCACACAGGGUUUGAUAAACAAGGCUCUAACAGUGUUCUCAUUAACUGAGAUAAACUAUUAACUAAAAUUAAUCCCCGGUUUACUGUGGUGGUAAGCGCAUAGUGUAAACUGGUUAAAUGCCUGUAUGACCCCCAAGUCAGUGAUCAGGCCUGGUGAUGCUUUACCAGUUUCUUUAAUAAGCAGAUUCAGGUAACAGGUUCUACAAAACAGAAUACACAAAACACAAAAUAUAAUUUAAUGUAAUUACAUCUUCUUAUAUCAGUAGAUUACAUAGAAUAUUACAGCCGCAUACUGCCUUACACCGUUUUAUCAUUACUUCAGUGCUGUAUUUCAGUCUUUUAUAAUGUGGAGAUAAAAAUCACCAACUCAAGGUAAAAACUUCAUCAGCCAUUUCUCCUAUUAAAAAGAGCUAGUGGAAAAUGUCCAGAAAAGCAAAACUAAUUAAGAAAUGAUCCUCACAGAAGAGCAUACACAACUCAUCAUUUUAAAGGACACACGUAAAGAUAUUACAUAAACUUUAUCUAAAUUCUGCUUCUGAUGAUUUUCCUUGCUUUGUUUACAUCUGUUCUUAAUAUCCCUAAAAAACGAGUUGCGCCCCUAGUGGCGAGCUCAAAAACGGCAAUAUAGUCCUGGCUUCAGAACAUUGUCAUGCAUUCUGUACCUUUAUAUUGUCAUACAAUGCCAAAUAAAGGGAAAUCAACCAGAUAAUGUGAGCCACAGUUACAUUCAAAGUCAUCUGAACACUUUUAUAUAGAGUAAAAUGCAAAGAACAAUAUAAAUCUAUAAUAUGACAUACCUCGAUUUGCUUGCCAAGGUGCAAAACGUCUGCAAACAUGUAAACAGUGGGCCUUACACAGGUGGAAGUAGUUAGUUGGCGUCAGCAUGAGCGCUAAAUACCACAUGUAUGCAACGUGUAAAUAUACAUACAUAUAGAAGGUUUGCAUCCAUUUCAAAGCAAAUAUAUUAGACCCAGCAACUUGACUGAGAGACAUCAUUGGACUUUCAUACAGAAAAAGCUAAACAAAUUACUUCACCUCGCAAGCUAGAUCAUUAUCUGCUGCAGCCCUCUGCAGUGCAUGACGAACUUUGUCUUAUACAGAUUAUUACCGUGUUAUACAUGUUACUGAGCCGGCCACUCAAACGCAGAUAACUUAAAGAGACAGAACAGUGGUUCAUUACACUACAAGUAUAAACAAGUAAACUGAAACAUUAUUAUCCGUGGACAGCUCAUCUUCAUUUGGUAAAACAAUGACUUACCACAUCUAGGGGUGCCACUGGGGUGGCCAAUUUUAUUUCAGGUGGAGCACCUAGUCUUAGCUGCUUUAUGGUGAAACAAUGUUCUCUCCACCCCCGGGUUAUGUCACUAUCAGUGCACACUGGACCAUCCAGAAGUUUAGAAAUACGUCUGCAACCAAAGGCAUCAGUUUGAUUUGCAACUGUAGACCCAGGUCUUGAGAAAGCUCUGUACUGUUACCCAUCAUGACUAAACUAACCAAUAUUAAUUUACGCUCAUCAGGGCCAAGAUUGCUUCCUUAAUACUGAUGAGAUUCAGCUAUUUUCUAGUGGUUAUCCCCAUUCCCACCGUCUUUCCUCUACAUGUUCAAUACUAAUUCCUUGUGUCAUUCCAUUUUAUUACACAUAGCUUUAUUAUGGACUAAUUUGUUUUGAUUUCUUUGUAUGUGUGGAUUACUUGGGUUGUUACCAACAUCUGAUGUGAAUUUCAUCUCAAUAGCCCCAUUAAAAAUAUAUUUACCGAGAAAAACAUUGAGGUAUUCGAUACUUGUUGAGCCCAUUAUUAGGGCAGUCCGUGUCUAAGCAAACAUACUGAGGAAACUUUGCACGCUAAAAAUGAUGUUGAAAGUAUGAAAUGGGGCUGUGAUGGGAUAUUUGAAGGAAUAACCGUUGAGCCUGAAGGCUAAAUAAGUCAAUAAAGCCAAGUUUAGUCACAGCUUGCUCUCGUCCCUGCCUCGUCAAUCAGCACAAACCGCCUGACAUCAGUACGUCUCGAUGUAAAUGUCUGUUUCUAUCAUCGCUUCAUCAGUCACAUUUCAUGUCAUUUUCCACCUCACUUUUCCAUUAAUCCUCAAUAAGAUACCAAAGCAUUACGUUCUUCUCGAGCCUCAGCCGAGACACAAUAAUGACGCACCCAUGGGGGGCAUUUUUGGGGAAGGGGGCUAAGAACAGGAUGCUGUCACCACAAGGCCCCUCUGGUGAAAUCUCCUCCACCUGAAAGCUUUAUUUGGGGGUUGAUCUUUUACUCUGAACCCCCUACACACAAGAAAGGGUAGACACACCCUUUUUUUUUUAAGAGGAUACCAAAAACAAGCCAAACCAAAAAGAAGAACUCUCACUACCCAAGGAAUGACUGAAGCAAACCAAAAAUAACCCAAACCAAAUGUGGCUGGAGGGAGGAGGGGAGGAAGACCAGCAGAUAUCUGCCUGUCCGUCUGUUAGCUUUAGGCCAGCAGAACUGCGGCCCCCGCUCUGAAACUGUGUAGCACUGAUGGAGGGAUGAACAGACAGGCGGAUAGACGAGAAGGAAGGAGGGGUUUCCGUCCUCCCUUCCUCUGCAUCCCUCUCUCCAGCUCGGCUCUCUGGUCCUGGAUGGAGCUAAACGCAAAUGACCUCACUGAACUGAAAUCUGUUUUUGUUUAAAAAAAUGUUUAAUUUUGUUUCUGAUUGUUUUUCUCCCUCUGCUGUGUCUCUUGAUGCCGUUUCAUGUACUGUAUUUUAGUGCUUAUUACUUAUUUGGAAUAACGUACUCGCUUACUUACUUACUUACUUACUUACUUACUUACAAGAGCUCCUUAUUUUUUUCGUAGUUGUGCUAGACAUUUUUAUCAGGUGGUUGACGAAAAAAAAAAAAAUACUGUGAAAAUUUUGCUUCCAGACUUUUACGUAUUAGCCUUUCCUGGCGGGGGAGAAAAAAAUAGACAACACAAAAGCCAAAUUGAGCAGCAAACAUUGAACUCGUCAAACCAAAUACUGAAGCAAACCAAAUUGUGCAAGAGAACAAAGAAAACGGGUCAGUUUGUUUGAGGUGAGCAUUUUCUGCAUGCAAGUGUUAGCUGGAGACUUAAAAAUGAAGACGUGAGUAGGGUCUGCAGUGAUGUCUUGUAAUUUUUGAACCCAAAGACAGCAAUCUGAGCUACACUUUAAGAUGCAGAGCUGUACUCGCAGCGUAGGCCUCAGUUUAGUUGAAGUGUUGGAAGUUAGAGUCUAUCCAAAGAAUAUUCGGUUUGAUCCUCGCCAGGUGAAACAGUCGACACACUCAACACACUCGAAUCGUUUCACGAACCAAGCUUUAGAUGUGGAGGGGAGGGUUUGCGCCUUAAAGGUAAGACCUUUUCUCCACAUUGACUCUUAGACGGAAUGUAUCUGUUAGUGCUUCUAUAGAUUUUGUAGAAAAAGAUCUAUGUUCUACUGCUUACUUAUCGCUGAUGUACUAAAAAGAAAAAAAAAAAACUUUAAAAAAAGACUUCGAGAAAAAAAGAUCCUUAAAAAUUGAUGAUAACUUGAUUUUAAACCAAAAAUUUUAACUAUCUCUCCUUGGACUUUUUAUUUCUACUUUUGUUUUCCAAUCAUGAUUUAGACUUUUGAUUGUACUAUUUAUUCAGGGUUAAUUUAUUGGCUUGUCUUUCUAUUUAUUUGUUAAUUUAUUUCUAGAGGUGCUUUUUUAUCAUGUUAUGGGUUUGUAAUGGAUUUUCCUAUUUUAUGCCUUCUUUAUUUUAAUUCUUUAAACCAAAUAAUACCAGGAACGCAUUUUAAAAGCCCUGCAGGGACUUUACGUACAGUUAAACUUCAGUAAAGAUGUGUAAAAAGCCUUCAAAUAAAUUAGGUUUUUAUUGCAAUAACAUAAUGCAGCACUGGAAAUCUUUAGAAAAUCCAACCGUGAUUUAAGCCUUUAUUUAAUCAGUGAGAAAACACCCAAUGUUAAGAGGUAAUUGUUUUUAAUUAUAGUAUUGAUGGCACAAUUAUUGGAGUCUCUUAUCAUCAAUUUAAAAUUACUGUAACUAAAUAACUUUUUAAUUUGUACUUAACUUUUUUAAGUCGAUUAAACUAGGAUUUUCUAAUUAGUCAUUCACAACUUCCUGUUUCUUUGGGGUGUAAGUUUUUUUGCGACAUAGAGGCCCUUUCUCUAGGCAACUCUUCAAAAUAAGAAACACAAGAGAAAAUCUUCAUGAGCUGCAAAGACAUUAACUCCUCAUAUAAACCUGCCCAAAUCUACAGUCAAAGUAAUACUUAAAACGUUCAGAACAACUAAAACUGUGACAAGGCUGGAAGAGGCUCCAUAUUAAUCUUACCACCCAGCACAUUACUCAGGAGAGAAAAUGAGGUAAAACAAAUCUCCAAACUUUAAUUUCAGAAAACAUUUAGAUUGGUAUGAGACUAAAUAUGAAUAUAUGGAAAAGCAUCUCAUGCCUACUGUCAAGUACAGUGGGGGAUCUGUGAUGAUGUGGGGCUCUUUUAUCUUCCACUUUGAACCUUGUAAAAAGGCAUUGCACUAUGAACUUUGAAAUACCAGGAUAUCUUAAACAAAAAUCUGGUUUCAUCUGCCAGAAAACUGAAUAUGGGUUAUUCAACUGGAUAAUGAUCCAAAACCAACUUUCUUCAAAGUCCAUCUAAAUUAACAAUAAAAUGCUGUCCCACUGGCAACGAGGGGUGUGCAAAUACAGUAACUAACAGCAAGGGUACAAACUAUUAUACCACUGGUGAUUUUGUUUAAAAAAUCUGUUUUCAUCAUGGAUUUUUCCCCAAUUGAAUAAAUGUACUCAAAUAAAAUAUGUUCCUGCAAUAAAUCAGUAAUUUAUUUUAAGCCUCUUUACACAUCAAUACCAGGUGUUCAAAUUGAGAGUGCCAGCAACAUUUAUUGAAAGUGGCAGCACUGCGUGCAAAACACUGCGUGAGCUUUUCGAAACAAAAAAAAGUACACUUUUGAAUUCCUUGACUAAAGGCUUUCCCUUCAGUCUUAAAGUUCAAAUUCUGAUGAGUGAACUUGAAUGCAGUUUGCUUGUGGGUCUCAUCAAGGGGUACACGUUGUGGCACAGAGCUGCUUCCUUUCUUUAAAUACUCCAAAUGAAGACAACAAACCAAAAGCUUUACUCUUACACCAAAAACGCAGAAGAAGAACACCAAAAUGUUGAAGUGUUUAUUCAUGACAGAGACAACAGAAGGUGGCAGAGUCCCACAUUACCCUCUAACCUCCUGUUUUGCUCUUCUGUGUCUUGUUUUCUUUCCACUUUGCUGUAUGUUGCUUUCAAAUGAUUUCUUCAUCCAUUGUUGGAUGUAAAAGAGAGAUAGUUCAUCAUAUACCUCAUAUUCUUUGAUGAUAAACCAAAAAGAUGAAUGCUUUAAAAUGUGUGGUUCAGGUGUGGUUCAGGGUCCUGGAAUGGAUCCAGGUGUAGGACUGUGUGUUUGCUCUGUGAGACUCGGAGUCAGUUGAUGACACAGUAUGUAAGGUCCAAAAAGGCCUGCUGGUCAAUGCUCCAGGCUCCACAUUGCUGUUACCCCCACUUGGAACACGGCCCUCUCCUCACAUCUGAGCCUCACUGCUUCCUCCCUGUCAAACAUGGACUGUGGGCUUGAUGCUGAUCUUUGGCUUGUUGUUUCAGUUUGAUGUCCGUGUGGAUCAGGGAGCAGCUGACUCUGAGGUAACUAGGUGACAUGUACAGACAGUUAUAUGUAUGUGUGUGUUGAGAAAGUGGAAGCUGGAGGGAGAGGUGAGCACAUAAUCAGAACAUCUGAAUUUUCAGCGUUUUCUCCAUCUUCUGUUGGGGAAAGAAGAAAGAGCGACUCUGCUGUGCAGCUCAGGGUUUGAUGGGCAUAGUGCACAGUGCAGGACUCUGCGGUGGGGAUACCCCACUAAGCGAAUGAUACCAAAGUCUAUGCCCCACCGUGGAUCCAGCACUAUGUGCACGCUCCCUAAAAUCUUGAUAUUAACAGAUCGUUCACUCAAAUAACUUAAUUUACCUUUACAUAAUAUUGGCAGCUUGGUUUGUUUUACCUUAGUUACAUAAAGUUUACACUUUGUAACAAUUUUACAGCAGGGAUCUUCAGAGGGGUGUUUUUUGUUAUCUUAGCACAAAGACUGGAUGUUAGCACACUUUUUUAUCUCAUGUUUUCAUAAACCAACUCUUCAACACAUUGCAUUUAAGUUAACAUUUUAGACGUGUGAGCAGCCACAUUUUAGGGGUGUAAUGCAUAGUCAAGUAAUGAUACCAUGUCUGAAAAAUGUUUAUACUACAGUAAAGUGUGAAACCUACAGAGCCCAGUUAGUGCCAGAGGUCAAAAUAAAAAUAAGGAUAAGAGAAAUCUGUUUACCUGAUGUCUGGGUAGAGCAGACAGCCCAAAUACCCAACCAUCCAACGGCAGCUUGGUGGACUCACUAUGUUACUGUUUAAAGAGCAGAACUGCAAAAAGUAUUCUCUUAACAGUAAUGGGAGUAACUGAUGCUUUUCUGUUUUAAACAAAAGAAAUCAGAUCAAGUUUUACAUUUUCCUCUACAUUUCUCUUGAUGUACUCCAAUACAGGAUAAUUGUAGUGGGUUUUGAGGAAAGGGUUUGCAAAGAAACCUUCAACUUUCAAAGUCAGAAUCAUAACUUUGAGAGACGUUCCCGUUCAGUUUUACAACAAGGAACUUGGAAAUUCCAGCUUCUGAGUUGAAAGGGAGAACAAGAAACAGAUCCUCGUUUGUUUUCAGUAAAGCUGGGAAGUUGGAUCAAUUCCCAGAAUUAUUACCUUCUAAACAAACAGGAUUAUACAGGAUUACAAAAAGCUAAAGCCUAAUUGGAGGAGGGCUUGAGAAACAUCUUUAAAGUUACCCCUUUAAAUAAAAAAACUCCAAAAUGAUGCAAACAUGCAUGUUUAUAAUAAUAAUAAUAAUGCCCUCUAGGUUACUAAAUUUCAUAGACAGACGUUACAAAUUGUAGAGGAUCACCAAACCUUUAUUUCGCAUGAAAUAUGUGUUUGUUUCUUAUAUCCUGUUUGCGUUUGCAAUUUAAGCUCCAACACCUGCCGGAUUUAGACACACAUGUUCCUGCAAAUCUGUUUAGAUGGUUUCCUAAACAGAGUUGAAGGAUUUCCCUUUUUAUUUUUUAUUUUUUACCCUUGAUGAGCUUAUAGAAACUAGAACACGUUUGAAUGCAAAUAACUCAAAAUCUCUUCAAUCUCUUAUUUCUUUUCUUCAUGAUAUCUCCAGUCUUCUCUGUAAGCUGUGGGAUCUGAAUAAUUAAUUUCUGUAACUUUAUAUCUAAAGUCUGUCCAGCUGAAAAAAUAGAUUGUUUGCAAACAAAGCGUGAAGGCAUGGCUCUUAACAUAUAAUAGACUAUCAUCUGUUGCAUCUAAGCAGUUCUUUGGAGUUGCAUAUUGAUGGUUGGAAAAUGAUUUAGUAGGAUGUGUUGUUCAGUUGAGUUUGAUGCCAGAUGUUCAGGCGGAAGCAGCAGGAGCUUAGGUCCACUCACUGGCGAAUGAAGCCACUGCUGUUAGAGGCUUACUUGUCAUCAGCACGUUAAAGUCUUAAUAACAGACAGCAACAACCACCAAAUGACAUAAAAUGCAAUAUGGGCUUUCCUUUUCUGACCUUAAGGUUGCAAGUGAACCAGAAAAAUGCAAACUUGAAAAUGAAUCAGCGUGACAAACUUAGUGUGCGAUAGUGAAUUCAAACUGUGACGGGAGGAAGAGGAGACGAAGAAGAUAAAGAAGGUGUGCAAUCUGUACAAUCAGUGUUGGCACAUGCUCGAGGCAAACAAAAUGGUCUGAAUCAGCAGUGAUUCAUAAUUUCCACCUUGUUUAGGCAGGGGAAAGCUAACUCCUCCAUCUGUUUCCAGUCUUUGUCCUAAGCUAAGCCAAACAACCAUGUGCAUGUCUGUUGUUUUUGUGCACCCCUUUUUUAGAACUAAAACUAUUCCUUCAAAACGAUUGGAAUCACACGAAGUGAAGCAGAUUCCCAAAGCGUAAAGUCGUGAGAGAUAGUUCCUUUAUUUAGAAGGUAAGGCAAAGCAAGCUGAGCAAAAGGAACCCUCAACAAAGCUGCCACAUCUUCCUCCACCCACUCUCAUCUGCACAUACACACUCUUCCUCCACUUCAUCACUUCUCUACUCUUCUGUCUUUCUCUUUUCUACAAUACAGCUUUAGUCCAAAGGUUCUGAAGCAACACAGCAAAGCAAAGUCAGAUGUUAAAGAAUAAAACCAAAGAGCUCUAACUCGAUCCUCUUUAUAAACUCGAGCCCUACAUCCCUCACCUUUCCCUGUCUGCCCUCCUCCAUCACCUAGUGAGCCAGAAUUUGAAGCAUUACCCUCAGCUAUCCAAAGGGAAAUAAUAAUAAUAAUAAUAAUAAUAAUGAUAGUUAAGAUAUUGAUGAUGAUGAAAUGUAUAUUUUUAAGUAUUUGUCAUUGGGGAAAAAGUAACCUUAAGCUUCUCAUGAUUAAGAUGAUGACAGCGGUGAUGAUGAUGACGAUAAAUACGUUUCUCUUGGUAUCUUUGUAGCUGUUCAGAUCCUUCUUAAGUUUGUGUCUUUUUCUGCUCGUGCUGCCAGAGAACUGCUUUACUCCCCGCUCUUCUCCACUCUCAUUCAUUCCCAAUGUUUGACCCUGACGUGUGUCUGAGUUUCUACCCCGGCUGCGUUUGUCUUAGAGCUGCAUAACCUUCAGGAUGGGGAAGUUUGGGAUUUUUUCGGGAAGUUGGUUAAUGUUUACAGUCAGCGAGAAGGCCGUUACACCUGUGUGCGUACCUGUAUGUGUGGGUGUUGGUGUGUGUGUGUGUAUGCACAGCUGGUUAAAGGGCAGUGUAUUUUUUGGUUAGCAGAGGACAAAAAGAUCUCUUGUUCUCUUAACAAUGAUGCACCCCGACUCAUGAUGUCUGCUCUUUGCCAACUUCCCAGAACAUGUAGCUUUAUUCCCCCUACCCUGUUACAACAGUGAGUGUGUUUCCUUGUUUCAUAUGGGUGUGUGUUUGCAGGUAUGGCUGUGUUAACGUCACUAAUCCUUCUGUGUCUUUCCAGUGUGCGAUCUGUCUCCCAACUCACCUUUCCCUUACCCGACACCCCUUUCCAAUCCCUGUGGUAGCAACUUAGACUUUUAGUGUAUUUAUCUUGAAAACCCAAAAAAGAAAGAAAAAUAACUGCUUGUUCAUUGUACAGUGUUGUUCAUUUUAAGUAAUUUUUGUAACUGAACGUGUUUCAUUCAUCCAAAUAAAACAGGACACAAAAACUGUACAGAAGA